GCGACAGAGAGAGAGAGAGGGGCAGCGCGCGCUCUCAGGCUCUCAGGCUGAGGGGGAUAAAAACAGGAGUGCGUCUACCGGCCGGAGACGAACCGCAGACAGCGACCACUCGACCCCGCAAGAGCUGUUGAGUUGGAUGCGAGCGGAGGCUGGACGGUCAGCGGACAGCGGUAGGUGAAUUGUGGACGUCCUGUUUGUGCGAGUGCUCGCUCUGAGUGUGCACAGCCAGAUAUGUCCACCAUGAACUGGAAGAGGAAAUCCACACUCUGUGAAGGUGCGGUGAUGGUGCUGCUGCUGGGUCACAUGACCUUCGCCUUAGAAGUGCCUCUGGACUCUAAAGUUCUGGAAGGAUUGCCACAGCCUCCCACUAUAACCCACCAAUCCCCUAAGGAUUACAUCAUCGACCCACGAGAGAACAUUGUCAUCCACUGUGAAGCAAAAGGGAACCCGCAUCCCAGCUUUUCAUGGACGCGCAAUGGCACUCAUUUCGAUGUGGAAAAAGACCCUAAGGUGAUCACCAGGUCUAACUCAGGCACGCUGGUGAUAGACAUCAGUGAGGAGAAAGCUGAGGCAUAUGAGGGAGUGUAUCAGUGCAUGGCGCGAAAUGAACACGGAACAGCAGUGUCCAACAACAUCGUCAUACGACAGUCCAAGUCCCCCUUGUGGUCGAAGGAGAGAAAUGAGCCAAUCACAGUACAGGUGGGCGUGUCUCUGAUUUUGCACUGCAGACCUCCAGCUGGCCUCCCCCCACCAAUCAUAUUCUGGAUGGACAACAAUUUCCAACGGCUGCCUCAGAACAGUCGCGUGUCUCAGGCGCUGAAUGGAGACUUGUACUUCUCUAAUGUGCUGGCGGAGGACACCAGAAAUGACUAUAUCUGCUACGCCCGCUUCCCUCACACUCAGACCAUCCAGCAGAAGCAGCCCAUCACAGUCAACGUGCUGAACGACCGUCCAGCAGGAGAGCGGAAACCCUCCUUUAUGUACCCGUCAGGGGCCAGCAGCACUGUUUCAGUCCUGAGAGGAGAAACUCUAGAGCUGGAGUGCUUCGCUGAUGGUCUGCCAACGCCAGAAAUCUCCUGGACUAAAGUAAAUGGGGACCUGCCCAGUGACCGCUUCUCCUUCCAUAACUUCCAGAAGAUGCUGAAGAUUGCUGAGGUGAUGGAGGCGGAUGGAGGAGAUUACCGCUGCUUGGCCAGGAAUCGCUUAGGCAGUGCUCAACACAUCGUCACUGUGGUGGUCAAAGCGGCUCCAUUUUGGAUCAGCGCUCCCCGCAACCUCAUCCUGGCCCCCAAAGAGAUGGGCAUGCUCAUCUGCCAUGUGGGAGGCAACCCCAAACCCACGAUCACCUGGCUGGUCAAUGGUGUCCCCAUAGAGAAUUCGCCCAAAGAUCCUAGACGGAAAAUAGAGGACAACACCAUUACCCUGAGUGAUGUGCAGACCAGCUCCAGUGCUGUCUAUCAGUGCAAUGCAUCUAAUGAGUUCGGCUACCUGCUGGCCAAUGCCUUUGUCAAUGUGCUUGCUGAACCUCCGAGGGUGCUGACACCUCCAAACUACGUGUACCAGGUUAUCUCCAAUCGCCAAGCCAUGCUGGAUUGUGCCUCUUUUGGAUCACCCUUACCAAAGAUCACUUGGUUUAAAGAUGGCCAGACUGCUAUAGUGGAUGGGGAUUCCUAUAUCCUGCACGAAAACGGCACUUUACAGAUAAACGUAGCACAGCCACUGAACAGCGGAAAGUACACCUGUGUGGCGACCAACAGCCAGGGCAACAGAGAAAAUCAUGUAUAUCUGGAAGUGAAAGAGCCCACGCGGAUCCUGAAGCAGCCUGAGUAUAAAGAGGUGCAGAGGGGCAGCAAGGCUGUCUUUGAGUGUAAAGUGAAGCAUGAUCUCACACUUAUCCCUACCAUGACCUGGCUUAAAGACAACGGGGAGCUGCCUGAUGAUGAGCGGUUUGUGGUGGACUCAGACAGUCUGACUAUAAAUGAUGUGACGCAGGAGGACGAAGGCACGUACACAUGCAUCAUGAACACCACUCUGGACCAGGACUCAGCCAGCGCCAUGCUCACUGUAGUCGAAGCCACUCCAACUCCACCUAUAAUCUACGAGCGUCCAGACCCACCCAGAGACCUGGAGCUGACAGACCAGCGGGAGCGAAGUGUGCAGCUGACCUGGACCCCCGGAGACGAACAUAACAGCCCUAUUCAGUUGUUUCUAAUCCAGUACGAGGACUCUCUCCAUGAGCCAGAUGUGUGGAAUAAUAUGACCGAGGUACCAGGUACGAGCACCACAGCUCACCUGGAUCUCUCCCCAUAUGUGUACUACUCCUUCAGGGUGUUGGCACGCAACGACGUGGGCCUGAGUGAACCUAGCAUCCCUUCCAGCCAGUAUCGCACCAACCCUGCCUCACCUGAUAAAAAUCCUUCUGAUGUUGAAGGGACCGGAACUGAACCAGACAACAUGGUGAUAUCUUGGAAUGAGAUGACAGGGCUGCAGUCUAACGGCCCUGGGCUUCAGUAUAAGGUGAGCUGGAAACAGAAAGAUACAGAUGAAGACUGGACGUCCAUCAUUGUGGCUAACGUCUCGGAGUAUGUAGUGACAGGGACGCCCACCUUUGUCCCAUAUGAGGUGAUGGUGCAGGCCAUUAAUGAUUAUGGGUCCGGCCCCAAACCGGAAGUGGUGCUUGGAUACUCAGGAGAAGACCGGCCAACAAUGGCUCCAGAGAGUGUGAAGGUGCUUGUGCAGAACAGCACACUGGCUGAGGUUCACUGGGAGCCCAUUCCUCCUUCUACAGUCAAAGGGAAAAUGUUGGGAUACAAGGUGUACUACUGGAAGGAGAAGAGUUUGCAGAAGGAGGAAUCCAAGCCAGAAGAGCCUCAGAAGCUCAUUUUCAGUGGGAAUGAGACAGAGGGCCACCUCCCUGACCUGCACCCCUACAGCCAGUACAGCAUCAAUGUCAGGGCCUUCAAUGGGAAGGGUGAUGGACCUCCCAGUACAGACCAAAAAUUCGAGACACCUGAGGGAGUUCCUGGACCUCCGACUUUCCUCAGAAUCACAAAUCCAAAUUUGGAAUCGUUCACAGUGGAGUGGGGCCCUCCUAUGGAUGAUAACGGUCGCCUCACUGGCUACAUUCUCAAAUACCAGCCCAUUAAUAGCACAGAGGAGCUGAAAGAGAUGACCCUUCUGGCUAACGAGACCAGUGUCGUUCUUGAAAAUCUCAAGUACAGCACGCGCUACAAGUUCUACCUUAAUGCCAUGACAAUCAAGGGCUCAGGGCCUAUUGUGACAACUGCGAUCACAAUCAUGGAUGAAGCGUUAAUACGGCAGCCCGCAGUAGAGGCGGGUAAAGGCACAGAAUCCCCUUCACAUCCAAUCUCCCCUGUCACACAGUCUGUGCAGCCCCCAUUUUACAAGGCGCGUCCAGUAGGCCCAGUGUUCGGGAGUGUCAACUUUUCCCUGGAGGAAGACCACGCCAUACUAAACUGGGAAUACACGGGCGACGAAAACAAUGUAUAUGUGGAAUAUAUGUUAGAGAACAGUAAAGAAGGCUGGAAAAGGGAGGCUGUAAAUGGCUCCCGGACAUAUCAGUUAAAGAGUCUAAAGGCGGGCAUGACCUAUAAGGUUCGCGUGGUGGCCGAUGACCACACAGAUGCAACGGUCCAACGCACAGAGGAACUGCUGAUUGCGGUUCCAGCUAUGACCAGCAGGCAGGUUGAUAUAGCUACUCAAGGUUGGUUCAUCGGUCUAAUGUGUGCCAUCGCUCUGUUGAUCCUGGUCCUCCUCAUCGUCUGCUUCAUCAAGAGGAACAAAGGGGGCAAAUAUCCUGUGAAAGAAAAAGAAGAGGCUCAUCAGGACCCAGAGAUCCAGCCUAUGAAAGAGGACGAUGGCACAUUUGGAGAAUACAGUGACACGGAGGACCACAAGCCCCUGAAGGGCAGCCGGACACCUUCCAAUGGCACAGUGAAGAAGGACGACAGCGAUGACAGCCUGGUGGACUACGGCGAGGGAGGCGACGGGCAGUUCAAUGAGGACGGCUCCUUCAUCGGUCAGUACAGUGGCAAGAAGGAGAAGGACACGGCAGAGGGCAACGAAAGCUCAGAGGCUCCGUCUCCCGUCAAUGCUAUGAACUCCUUCGUGUAAUGGGCCCUUGUGACCUUUGCCCCCCGCCAACACCCGCCCCCAAUCUCGUCACACUUCUUUCAUCUGGAGAGCAGACUGUCCCUACUUCACUGUGACCCUCCUGACAUCACAUGGCUACAACAAACAAAACCGACAACAGCAUCCCAGUCAUAACCAUGAGAGAGAGCAAGAGUGAGAGAGAAAGAGAGAGAGAAAGAGAAAAAGAGGUAGGGAGAGAAAGCAAUACACACAGGAGGAAUGUACCGUAACUAGCAGACCAGCCCUGGUCUCCUCGGCUAGUCAGAGCGAAUGCAGGAGGACCUUAAUGUGAUAACUGCUGUAUUAUCUUUUUUGCAAACGUAUAUAUGGAAUAUAUAGAAAUUAUAUACACAUAUAUAAGAAUUCUAUUUUCUGAACAUGGGUCUGUUUGCAGUCAGUAGGCAUUGAAUCCCGCCAUCUCGCCCCCUCCCCCUGCCCCCUGCCCGUGCUAUGGACUCACUGCAUGGACUCAUUGCUACCACACACCCCAUCUGCUCCGUGAAUCAGUGGAUCAGCGUGAGCUAGCGUUUGAGAAGCUUUGGACCAGUGUCUGGUGGACGCUCACGCUUCGCAUCACAGCUGCCUUCUUCAGUUCCCUCGUCAAAAGUGUUGAAACCGGUAUUAUUCACGCUAAAAGGCACCAAUGUCUUUGUGGACAUUGUUGUGGAACAUGUGACUCCGUGUUAAAGUUCUUAUUAUUUGACGUCUUUUGUGCCAGGCAAGAGCUGCAGCAAAAGAUUACGGACUGGAUACCAGAGAAGUGGGGUAGAAAACUCUCGACACACCUACAGACAUGCUUUCAAUGCUCAAACUGUCCCGAAUUGUCUUAGACCAUAACUACAUCUGUUUUUUUUUAGCUCUCUUAAGGGUUAUUUUUGUUUGCACUUGCCAUUUUGUAGAUGUUGCAUCAGUUUGCAUUGGAUAACUCUCUCUCUUUUUUGCUGUUGCACUACUGAAGGAAAAACGUCAAGGUUGGUUGUAUCUCACACCAUUACUGUCACUGCUGGCACUCAACAUUAUGGAGUAAAGCCCCCAUUGGUCCAUAACACAGCUGCUAAGUGGCUGCUGGUUAUACGCCCUCUGUGUUGGUGGGUAAAAAGCUGGGUGCUCUAUGUAGUCUUAAGCACGGUUCCUCAGUGCCUUGGUAGAAGUGUUCUGUGGUCACACACCAACUACUGCACCCUCCACAGCCUGUCCCUAUCUUCAGAGCACUAGGUUUUCUCACAGCCUUGCAGAUAGCUCUAGGGUUGAGAAGGGAGGAGCUUUCAGAGCCCAGCAUGGACUAACCACCCAAUCAUCUGAUUCGCACACCUGCUACACGAGAUGAUGUCAUCCAUCUUCUGUCACCGGGUGCGGACAGUGUCCGCCUGGCACAUGUGCUGGUUGUCACUUUAUAGGUGGCACAUGAACCAAGGUAUGCCGAAAAAUCUGGCUUAGUUGGCAAAGUUGCAUCUUAUCAUAACAAACACCAGUUCUGACAAAGAAUGGUACAUUUUAAAGGUGUUUCUGAACCUACAAAUUUGUCCACAACAGCUACAAAAGCUUCUAGUGACAUUUUAACAGAUCUGUCAUUAUGACUGGGUGAGCUCUAGCUAGCUUUUUUAAGUAGCAGCAAGGGCGGAGAAACCCAUUUAAAUGAACUGUCAGCACUUUUGCCGACUCUUACGUAAAUUGUUAAGUGGCCUUUCGACGGGUUAGAUAAAGAUCAUUGCACUGCAAAAAAUAGUACCAUGUCAAGUGAAAUGAUCUAAAUCUAGUUGAUAUGUCUAAUAUUUCUCAUUUUAAGAUUGUUUUAAGCUUAUUAUAGGAUUAUUUAACUUAUUUCUAGAUUUUGUACUUGUUUAAGUGAUUUAAUUAAGUCAAA